UUAAUCUUCUCCUCAUUUGCGACCCCCAAACAUCCUGCAAUAUGUGUUCCAAAUCAUUUGUUAAACAACAAUAAUCUGUUUUUUUUUAAAUAUAUUAACAAAGUGUAAAAGGGAGGUUAUGAUUGUUUAUUUAACCACUUCAUGUUUGUGAACUGCAGCUGUUUCACAGAUGCAGUUUGCAGACUGUACCUCUGUGUUUGUGUGCUUUGUGGGUGGAGAUUGAGGACCUCCUAAAAAAAACAGUCAACACCAACCAGCUUUACUCCCAGCAGCACCUUCGUUGUUCCAAAAUUUGGGACUAGAAUAUGUUAUUUUUAUUCGUCUUUUUUUUGGUUUGAAGUCUCACACACAUCCCACAGCUCUAUUUUUGCAAGCCACCAUUACAGAAAGAUGAGUCAGGCCGACCAGGUGCCUGAGGACAUGCCUGCAUGCCCCACAGAUGAGCCAGAAGCUACACACACCAACAAGGACCACCCGCAGACGCAACCCAGCAUGUUCGGCAGGUUAGCAGGGGGCUUGUACGGAGCCACUAGAGCAACAGUGGGAGGUGUGACUUGGAUAGGAGGAAAGAGCCUGGACCUCACAAAGACGGCUGUCUGCACUGUUGCUGCCGUGCCUAUAAUGGGAGUGGGGCUGGUGAAGGGGGGUGUGUGUGCUGUGGCUGGCGGGGUGACUGCUGUUGGAUCUGCAGUAGUCAGCAAAGUUCCCCUAGGAGGCAGCAAAAAGAAAGACAAGUCUGACUGACCUGGAACAGAGGAGACUGGAUUCACAGCUCACACUCCGGUUGAUGUUGUUACAUUUAUAAGUGGGAGAAAAAGGACAAAGACUUAAAACUUUAGUAUGCAAGUUGUGUUGUUGGUUUUGUGUCUUUUAUGUUACUAAAGAUAAAUUCACAUGUGUUCAAUUAUGUGUUUAAGACUUGUGUAUAUAAAAAUAAAGCAAUACAGCAUACAACA